AUGGAGAAACUGGAAAAGCCACAUAUGCCCGGAGCCCUUCCAGCAACGCCCGAACCCAUCUCCCCGGCCACAAUGACCAACACCACGCUAUGCCACUCUGUCAACAGCGACGUCUCGCUCGUCAAAGACCCCGAAUUCUGGCGUCGGUUCUCCAUGGCCGUACAUCGAGACGAAGAGCUAGCAAAAACCGAGACCGAGGAGACGCAAACACAAGAUUCAUGGCUCGUACGGCAACGCAAGAAAACUCGUCGCUCCAAGAUCUGUGGGUUUCUAAUUGCCCUUGUCAUUGUGCUGGUUGCAGCUGGCGCCGCAGUGGCUAUUUGGUAUCUAAGCAAGAAUGGCUAUUUCAGAAAGGGCCAAAGGCCGUGA